AGUGCUCCUUUCUCCUCGUUUGCCUUCGCAUCGCGUCGAUUUUCCAGCGCGUGGAGCUACAAAUAUUGAUUAGUGAUUGGAUUUACGAUUAAUCUAAAUUUGAUUUGAAAUUUUCAUCGUUUCUAUCGUAUUUCGCUAUAUUUAAAGUGUAACUGUGACGCAACUGUGUCUUGUCUUUAAGGACGGUAAGAAUGUAUGGGCAAACGACGCGAAAGAAAGCAAAGAAAAUAGAUUUGUAGGAGAAAAGGUGUAAAGUAAAAACGUAACAUAAUAUAAUAAAUUGAAAGAGAUCGAGAUCGAGAUCGGCGAGGGUGGAUUAGCAGAAUAGAAAGAGAAUGGUAAACCGCGCGCGCGCGCGCGACCGAAAAUGAUCGGGUAGGUAAGUACGAGUAAAUAGCAGUACGCUAUAGUGGCGUGCGCGGGCCGCGGAUGGCGGAACGCAUGCUCCGAAACCUUUUCCCGGGGUAAUAUUCAGUGAGGGAAAGCAACUCGCCACCUCGGUACUUGGCCAGGCGAGGCUGACAAACCGUUCGAUCGUUACGAGGUGAAUCAGACAUCAGUGACCGGACAUACCGCCAGUCAUAAUUCGGAACGUAUAUCGAUCGUUAUCGUUCAUAUUCUUCUGGUCAGCUAUGGUUAUUUACUCGAAACAAUUUCGAUAACCGGCAGCAUCGACCAUUAUUUGACGCGGAUACUAAUCUACUUCGGUAUGUGAAAAGGGGUAAAAGAAGAGGCGAUGAAGCAUCAGCGAAACCGAUAUUAAAAUAUUACCGUAGAUGUAUUAAAUUUCUUUCGUUGGAACUUUGAACGCUUGGAACUAACCGAUUCUUUGAGAUAAGAUGCAUUAAAUUUGAUUAAAAUCGAAUAAACUAUCGACGGUGAAACUAACGUGCCAGGCGAAGCGAAACCAACGUCCGAUAAGAAAACAAACUGCUUUCUGGAUGCAUGCCGACAUCGGAUAGUCCGAAUCUAGGCUCUCUCGUAAAACGAAUGCGCACCACCUGUAGCUCGAUAUCUACUCUGAAAAGGUCAACCGCCCCUCUCUCGUCAAGCUUCUUUACAAAUGUAAGUGAAACGCUUCUCUUUUUACCUCUUUUCGCCACCUUUCUUAUUUCCUUCUUUAUCGAAUCUUACAAGUCUUACUACUUGAAAUUUACUACUUGAUUUACUACGCGUUUUACACUUGUCGCUCUAUGCGUGCAAGAUAACUUUGGGUAACUUGAAUAGUUGAAGAAAGGGCUAGCAAAAAACAACCGAUUCCGAGUUACAAAUUAAAUUGAAGACGCGACGCAACACUAGAUAGAUUUCUUUACGCGUGUGUCACUUUUACCAUACACAACGAGAUGAAAUAUGACGCGUAUGUAGAUUACACUUUUUCAGCGAAGCACGUACAGUCACGAUAUUACUUUACAAUUGUUAUCAGCGGUGCGAACUUGAAUACGAUUCGAUCGUUAUCGGAGCCGAUUAUGCGAUCAUCUUUAUAAUUUGAGGCGUUCAAGUUUCUCUCACAACAGAGAACAGAGGAAACGAAGAAGAAGACGAAGAAGACGAAGAAAACGAAGGAGAAGAAGAAGAAGAAGAAGAAGAAGAAGAAGAAGUAGUAGACGAAAACGAAAAUAAAGUGGAGAGGAUAGAAAGGAAGAGAGAAGAAGGAAUAAGGGAGUAAGGAAAUAAAACGGAAAGAGCUUGUCGGAGCAACGUUCGUUUACUCGAUUUGGCUUACUAUUUUUUUUAACGAAAGCGUUUGAAAAAGGGAUGAUUAUAUCGGUAGUUUUGCCGGCGUGUAAACGUAUUUAAUUUGUACGCGACAAAGGUUCGUCGGAUCAACGCUAUACAAUCCUCGCUGUUAUCGUACUAACCAUGAUCGAGGGGGCGAACGAUAUCGGAUCUUGUAAAUGGAGUAUGGAGGAACGAGAAAAGAUUUUAGCCACGGGCACGUUAAAUCAGAGGAAGGAGGCAUUUAAAGACGACGAAGAGCUGAUGCGAGAAACCACGAAAUUUGUAAGCGAAGUUAUCGAAACGGCAACCACCGAGGCCUCGAAGAGUAAAGCACAUUCGGAGGGUGGUGACGCCGACGAAGGAACUAGACUGAAAGGUGUGGAUAAUAUCGCGGAGUGGAAUCAUCGUGCACGUGGAUUCUGCAAUCGAGUAUUGAACGCUCUCUGCCCAUGUUUCACCAACAAUGAAUUAUUCGCCUGGACACCGUACCGGUAUCGCUUCACGAGACCCUAAUCGCUCGCUGCCAUCCAGAAUUACCGUACAUUGCCGAGCAACUAUCGAUUCGAUUGCCAAACCGUUAAGACGCGUAAUUAACCCAAAACAGAAUAUCCGUUUCGGACAACGAUAUAAUACAAACUUUUCCUCAUUUUCUUCUAUUUUUUACUCUAUACGCAUAUACGGCUCACAAAUAUCGUUCCAAAUGUAUCGCGCAACUGUAGAAAAUUUGUCCUCGAGGAAGGGUCACGUACAAGUCUAGGAAAAUCAACUCGUCGCUCACGUGAAAUGUAUUUCCGAAUAAAAUAUACCGAUAAUUGAAUAUCUUAUCAUAAAAGGUGAUUCGGAAAUAAACUUUCCUCUUGGAACAUUGUCCACUAUUUGGUUCGUAUUUAUAUAUCUAGAAUAUUUCCGACAGCGGCUCGUACCGAAACUAAUUUUAUUCAUCGUACAGUGGAACAAGUACUGCAAACUACCUAUUUAUCGGAUAAUUUUUAAUUAAAGAAGAGUACGCGCGCGCGCGCGCGCGCGCGCGUGUGUGUGUGUGUGUGUGUGAGAGAAGCAGUAAGAAUCGGUAUUUCAAUUUAUCGUACAAUCACUCGAUGUGGUAUGGGAACAACAAGUAAAAGACAUCGGUCGACUGACAAUCAAACGAAUAUGUUACACGUGCACGCGAGUUUAUAUACAUAUAUAUUCUAUUUUUUCUCCAGCGAUAAUCUAAAGCGCAUAUUCGAUGUUUGGUUUCUGAAAAAACCUACGCGGAAUUUGCUACGCGAAUAAUUUAUCCAUCAACUCGAAUGAACCGUUACAGUACGAAAUAAUCUAUACGACUGUUAAUUAUAUAAGCAAAUAUACUAUUAAUUUUGUGUAUCCGU